AUGGCUCGCCGGUCAACCAGGCUCUCGCUGACUGAAGAGACUGCUGCUGAUUCCGAAGCUAAGAGGAAGCGACUUUCUACGGGAUCUACAGUUAAAAGUACUGCAAAGAAAAGCAAGUACUUUGAGGGCUCUGAUUCGGAGGGGUUACAAAAUUCGGGAGACUCUGGCUCCGCCUACGAAGGAGAGGAGGCCGCUGAUGAAAGUGAUAGUGCUUCGGAGCCGGAUGACGCCGAAUCCGAAGAAGAACCACAGCAGCCCAAACAAAAAAGACGUGGAAGAGCAAUGGAAUCUACUCAAGGCCACAAAUUAAGUGGUGAACAUAAAACGCCUCUCUCCAAGCCUGCCAAAGGGGAGGAGCUAUGGAGAGAGGGAGUGAGGACAGGUCUGGGUCCUGGGAAAGAAGUCUUCAUCAAGAAGCCCAGGGCAAGAGAUUUGGGUGGAAUAGAUUAUAAAGAUGACAUCAUACAUCCCAACACUAUGCUGUUCCUCGAGGAUCUGAAGCAGAAUAACGAGCGACAAUGGCUGAAAGCACACGAUGCCGACUAUCGAGCAUCCAAAAAGAACUGGGACACUUUUGUUGAAGCCAUGACAGAGAAGAUUGUUGAGAAAGAUGAAACAAUUCCAGAGUUACCAGCUAAGGAUGUGGUGUUCCGAAUCCAUAGGGAUAUUAGGUUUAGCAAUGAUCCUACCCCAUACAAGCCACAUUUCUCCGCUGCUUGGAGCCGUACCGGGCGCAAAGGCCCAUAUGCAGCCUAUUAUUUGCACCUUCAACCCGGCCAUUGCUUCAUAGGUUCGGGGUUAUGGAUGCCAGAGAGCAGUAAACUUGCACUGCUUCGAGAUGCAAUCGACCGGGAUUCUGCUCGACUCAAAUCUGUACUAAGGAACGAAGGUUUGCGGAGAGAAUUCUUCAAAGGUAUUCCUGAUGAGGAACGCAAAGCUGUCAAAGCAUUUGUCAGCCAGAAUCAAGAGAGCGCUCUGAAAACAAAGCCAAAGGGCUACAACCAGGACCAUCCCAACAUUGACCUCCUUAGGCUCCGAAGCUUCACUGUCGGCAAGCCCCUCCCAGACGAGUUGUUUCUCAGCCCCGAUGCACAAGAACAGAUUGGGAGUCUGGUGGAAAUCUUGGUCCCUUUCGUCACUUACUUGAAUAGUGUCGUGAUGCCUGAUGACCCACCCAACGAGAUUGAUGAGGGGAGCGAUGUGGCCAGCGAAGAUUAA